AUGGCAGCAGACAGCUCCCUCAACUCUCAACGAGUGUUCAAAAAAUCGUCCCCCAACAACAAGCUCACCCUGUACCUGGCGUCGCGGGACCUAGUGGUGGAGACGAACAGCAUCGACCGCAUACAGGGUGUUCUGCACGUUGACCCUGAACACGUGGACAAUAAGAAGCUGUAUGGACAAGUCACUCUUACAUUCAGAUACGGACGAGAGGACGAAGAGGUGAUGGGUCUGAAGUUCUGCAAUGAGGCCAUCAUGAGCCUCGCCCAAGUUUGGCCCCUGAACUGCAACCACGAGAGGGAACCAAGCACGGCUUUACAGGAAGCCUUAAUGAAGCGCUUAGGCGCCCACGCGUACCCGUUUCAACUGGAGCUUACGCCGCUGGCGCCCCCUAGCGUGCAGCUGGUACCCGCUAAGCAGUACCACGGCGCGCCCAUUGGGACCUCUUAUGACGUUCGGGCUUUUAUCGCGGAGAAAGUCGACGAGAAGGUAUCGCGGCGCAACAUGGUGCGCAUGGGCAUCAGGGUGCUGCAGGGCGCGUCGCGCGCCGCGGCCGCCGCAGCGCUGCCGCCGCCCUCGCCCGCCCACAGCUCCUUGACCGCUAUGGCGCACCACCAGUUACUGAGGAUCAGAGGAAGGAAAAAACAGCAGGAAGAGACUUCCAAGGAACAACCAGAAUUAACUUUUGAUGCUGAUCUACAAGUAUUUUUAGCCGCAGAAGCAGGCGAAUGCUCCAACUCCACAGAGCCAACCGCGCCUCGCGUGGUCGUUGAAAAACCGUUCCUCCUUUGCGACGGUCGACUGAGGCUGGAAGCGUGGCUGGACAAGUCCGCCUACCACCACGGCGAGCCCAUCGUCGUGAGCUUCUCCAUCAUCAACCACUCCAACAAGACUGUUCGACGCAUCAAGGCAAUGGUCGUCCAACAUGUGGACGUUUGCAUGUUCUCGAACGGCAAGUUCAAGAACGUGGUGGCCUUCGAGAAGGACAACACCCCCGUGCUGCCCGGGCAGAGUCUCGACGGCUCCUACACUAUGAUACCUAGCCGGGGUGUUACAAAGAAUUGGAUAGCCCUCGAGGAUUCCUAUUCAAAAGCCGGGGCCUGUCUGGCAUCCACGGUCCUCUGCAGUUCAAACUCGCCCGACGACCGCAACGUGUUUGCCAUUUACGUGUCCUACUACGUGAAGAUAAAACUGAACGUCAGCGGUAUAGGCGGAGAACUGUCAGUAAAGCUGCCCUUCUCGCUGUCACAUGCUAACAUUAAUGAAGCUCCUACUGACAGUGUAAUGGAAGAAGCUACGCACCGCAUGAUCCUCGAAGGCAGAGAGAACAGUGACGAUGAAGAUGAAGAUGACGAAGAUAAAGAGGACGAAGAAGCUACCGCCGACGAAAAUCAACAAUCUGACUUAGAGGAUGACUCAAAAAUUUUAAACGGGCGUCGUUGCGUCUCCGCCGACGUGUGUGUUAAUAUCAUCGAGAACAAAUUAUGUGAGAGACCUCGCUUCGAAGGGCCAACUCAGGUCCGUAAGUGCAAGCACGAUGAUGAUGACAUGAACCUUAUUGUUCGCUACCCCGGUCCAGAUACGUGAUCCGACGAGGAGCCAGAUGCAACCAACGGGGCAAGCAAGACUGAUGAGGCAACGAAAGCUACACCGCGCAUGAUCGACGUCCACGCGAACGUCGAAGAGAAACCCAGCUUCUUUGAAAAGCUGAGGCAGUCGGUUUGCUGCUUGAACCGUCGUCACUCGUAAACUGGACUGUUAAAGUCUUUGCCUUCGACAAUUAACAUAGUGAUGUUGAACUGUUUUAAUGAACAUUUGGUAUUAGGUAAGUAUUAGGAGAAACCCAAGCUUCAAAUUACCCGCAGUCCAAUGACAUUGAAAUGCCAAUCGUUUUCAUGUUUAUCUAGUCGGAAAUUUUAAAAGUUAUCACUGUAUAAUUGUUUAACUGUAGAUUAAGGAUCGAAGUCAGAAGACUUGGUGGUGCCGAAUUAAGCCUGAAUGGAGUACGCUUACUAAAUUAUAGUAGAUUAGACUUUUAGUGUCAUUA